UAGUAAAUAAUGACCAAGAACAAUUUCCAUGUUAGCGGUUUUAUUGUUGUUAUUUAGACCUUUAUUAAACACCAUGGAACUGAAUAUAUGAUUCAUUUAACUGCACAGCAUCACAUGCUUACCCCAUGUAGUCUUUAAUUCGCGUUGGAGACAGGACUGAUACACGUUAUACGCUAGCUAGCUGCUAACAAUGGCUAACUUUAUGGUUUUUCACACUCAAAUAGCCUCCAUCAUGGAGAUGCUAGCGAAUUCAGCCGUUGCAGAUAUAUGUAAACUCAUAGACGACGACUAUGCAGUUUUUCGUUUGGAAAUAACUCAAAGCCAGAAAGAAAACAGGGCAUUGCAGAGGAAACUACAUAUACUGGAAAUUAAUGUGGCACGGGAGCGUGCAGAGAAGACAACGCAGGAGCGCGUGCUCGCCAGUCGUCCCAGUAGUGUCCUCGACCGAUACAGAGGAAUGGCAAGAGGUGAAGGACAUCUCACAGGAGGCCACAGGACCUUUGCAAAGCCAGCAGGACACAACACGUGGAGAGAUGAUCUACCCAUAGCAAUAGAUGAGGGGAGUGGAACCUCAACCCAGCAUGAUAUCGUGAUAGAGUCUGCAGAGGCUGCGGGUCCUGGGGUUCUGCAGGAGAGGCCUGAAGGAGAGGAGGAUCCAAGACACAGAAGAGACAUCCAGACUGGAGAGUCUGGAGCGCCCCCUGAAGCUAUGGAAGACCUCAUCUCCGCCACACCCCUUCCCAGGACCCAACACAGCAUCACAGAGGAGGAGGAGGGUCCAGAGUUGCUGUUGGUGAAGGAGGAGGGGUGUGAGGAGGGUCUGGGGAACCCUGAGGGGACCAUGGUCAUGGAGGACAACCAGACUACACCUCCUCCUGAACCCACAGAGGAACCAGUUGAGCAGAACAGGACCACACACAGUCUCACUGAGUCAGUAGACAUGGAGGAUGGGAAGCCUGAUCUGCUGCUGGUCAAAGAGGAGACGAUAGAGGACGGACCAGAGAGCAUUGAUCUGCUGAGUGGACUAAAGAUGGGGGAGCAAGGUGGUUGGCUGGAGGCUAACAGAGGAGACUGGGCGGCCAUCUUAGAUUCCCAGACCCAGACGGGUGCAGCCAAGGGCCCAGGGGACGACAUCACUGAGCAGGCCAGGACCAGAGGCGACAUAGUGGAGCCUGCAGUCCAUGAGGACAGACUGAUAUCCAGUGUUGCUGGUGGGAGAGACUGGACCGCUGAAGCAGCUGGUCACAAACCCUGGCCCCGGAUCAGAACCAUGGAUCAGGAGCCGUCGCUCCAACCAGGACCCAACCACGAGGGACGGAGACUCCACCACCACACAGAACACAAUCAGUGGACAGGUGGACUGAACAACCUCAGUCCUGGUGGUCAUCAGAGAGACAGAGGCUCCAGUCAGGGAUCCAGUCUGCAGCCCAGACCCUUCUCUUCACAGUCUCAGUGCAGGGAUGGAGCAGGGCCUGGGGCUGAUAGAGAUAGACCCUCCUGUUCUUAUGAUACAAACACCACAGUAUCCAUGAUGAAUAGAGCAGGUCACCCUGGGCUGCAGCCUUCAUGGAGAGUGGUGGGAGACCCCCCUGGUGGUAGUCUUUCAGGAAGUCUGUCUUCUCCUUCAGAAUCUCAUCUACUGCCUGGUGAAUGGGUUCAUAGAAGACCUGGACCUGGGUCUAGCCUUCCUCAGUUACCUCAUGGUUACCCCACCAAUACAGACAGGGUCAGGAUGGGCGUUCACCACAAGAGGUACUUAGCCUAUAACACAGCACACAAUCCCAACAACACCCAAACAAUGGCUAGAGGUCAAGGUAGGAGCUCAAAGACUAACCACCUGAAGGUGGUGGCUCCUGCUUCUACCUCCUCUGACGUCAUUGGGUCACAACAUGGGAAGUCGAGCAUUAGGACGGACUCCGACAAGCCGUAUGCCUGCCCCACGUGUGGGAAGCGCUUCACUGAGGCGACUUAUGUGAAGAGGCACCAGACCGUUCACACCAAGGAGAGGCCCUUCAAGUGCAAACUAUGUUACAAGAGCUUCUCCUUCCUGAGUAACCUUAUCAGACAUAGGAGUAUUCACAACGGGGAGAAAUCAUACUGGGAGGUGCUAGCGAAUGCAGCAGUGGCAGAGAUCUGUAAACUCGUAGACGACGACUAUGCAGUGUUUCGUUUGGAAAUAACUCAAAGCCAGAAAGAAAACAGGGCAUUGCGGAGGAAACUACUGGAAAUGAAGGUGUCACGGGAGCGCGCAGAGAGGACAAUGCGAGAGCGCGUCCUCGCCAGUCGUCCCAGAAGUGUCAAGCUCCUCGACCGAUACAGAGGAAUGGCAAGAGGUGAAGGACAUCUUACUGGAGGCUACAAGAGCUUUGUGAAGCCAGCGGGACACAAUACAUGGAGAGAUGACCAACCAAUCACUGUUGAUGAGGGGAGUGGAACCUCAAACCAGCAUGUUAUCGUGAUAGAGUCUGCAGAUGGAGAGGCUGCAGGUCCUGGAGGAUCGUCUCUGGUCAAGCAGGAGAGGACUGAAGGAGAAGAGGACCCACGGCACAGUAGAGACAUCCAGACUGUAGCCACGGGGGACCAAUCCAACACCGCCAUGCCCCAGCCCAGGACCAGACGCAGCAUCACAGAGUUCAGUGAAACGCCGAACGCCGUCCUAAAGUCAGAGACUGACAAAGAGACUUUAACUGUAACAAAAAGGCUUUUACACACAGGAUCUGACAGGUCAGACCCAGAGAAGCUGGGGCCACUGGGCUGUCCUCCUGCUCCUGGCUCAGAGUAUUUACUAGUAUUUCAUCAGAGCCAGAGUAAGGAUCAUUCAUGUGGAGAUGGUGAUUGUGACACGUUAGACAAUGGCAGUGAUGAUCCGUCUUGUUCUUACGCUACAGAGAUGGACCCUGACAACAUGCUCUUGGGUUUAGAGACACAGACUGAUCUAUCUAGAGGACACUGGAACCAGUACAGUAGUGAUAGUGUAUACUCUGAAGGGUGCCUAGAUAAGAAAGGAGAGGGUCUGGUCGUAGAUGAAUUGACUGUGAAAGUGGAGGGCGACGCCCCUCCCACAUGGAAUGGAGAUGGUCACCUUGGAGACGGACACUCACAGGGCAGAGAUUUCUUAGAUUACAGGGAAAGCUUGGAGACAAAUUCACUUGUCGCGACCCACUCCACUUUACACGCAUUCAGGGAUCGCGACCUAUUGUCCACGUCGAUGGGGCCUUCCGAUUCACACUGCCGUGUUCUUUUUGAUCAGAAAUUGAACUCAAACGACAGGGCUAGAGACCAGGCUCAGGGAGAAGAAGCCACAUCAGGAAAUAGUAAAGAGAAACGGUUCCUCUGCAUGUUUUGUAACAAAGGCUUCAGCUGCCUCCAGAAGGUGGAGAUCCACCAGAGGGUCCACACAGGGGAAAAACCUUUCAGCUGUACCCAGUGUCAUAUGCGCUUUGCCCAGACUGGUGACCUGAAGAGGCACCAGAGGGUCCACACAGGGGAGAAACCAUUCGGUUGCCACCUGUGCCGGGCUAGUUUCUCCCACUCCUCCAGCCUGAAAAGGCACCAGAGGGUCCACACAGGGGAGAAACCCUACAGCUGCCCCCAGUGUGAGAAAAGGUUCUCCCACCAGCACCAUUUGAAGAUGCACCUGAAGGUCCACACGGGAGAGAGGUCGUUUGCCUGUACACACUGUGGGAAAAGUUUCUCCGAGAGGAGCUACCUCAGGAUACACCAGCAGAAAAAACAUUCCACUCUAUAAUGUAGAAAGUAACCAUUCCGCUCGAUAGCUUCUGAAGUUUAGAUCAAACUCUGCAUUAAAGACAAAAAUGAAUUUAUUGUUGUCAGCAGAAAAGACCCAGAGAUGCAUUUGGUAUAACGAGAGCUACAGAUUUCAGUGUUGAAUAUUCCUGAGUAGAAUAUUACAUCCAGACAUGGUGUGAUAUUUAAGGCAUAUACAAUGCCUUUGGAAAGUAUUCAGACCCCUUGACUUUUUCCACAUUUUGUUUCAUUACAGCCUUAUUCUAUAAUGGAUUAAAUAAAUAUAAAAUCCUCAGCA